UUCACUUAUAAGUUGAUUGUGACAAUCUAUUUUUCCUUAUUAAUUUAAACAUUCAACGAUUUUUUCGUUUUUUUUUAUAACAAUUAAGAAACGAAAGUUUAAACAGUUGCUGAAUGAUAAAAGUGUUACCAUCAAUUAGAAACUGAUUUAAAUAUAUUUAUUUUUUAUUCUCUGUGAUAAUAGAAUUUUUUUUUCUUCCAAAAAGAAUUUGAUUAUUUUCUAUUCUUUUUGUUUUGUGUUUAUUGGUUUUCUUUUCUUUCUGUUUUUUUUUCUUCUUCUUUUUUUCGCUCUUUGUGUGUUAAUAUUUUUUUUUGUACUUUAUUCAUCAUUAUGCCUUCAUCUCCACAUUCUCUGCCAAUUGGUAUAAAAAUUCUACGUGUCAUUUGGCCUUCCUGUGAUUCUCUAAGUCAAACAACAAGAUAUAAGGCCUCGGUUUUGGUGUUAACUUAUUUGGCCUACAUGAGUUACCAUCUUUCUAGACGACCCUUAAGUAUUGUUAAAACUGUUUUACAUCGUAACUGUACUGGCCUUAUACCUGAUCCUGGAACCGAUAUAAGUGAUCCUUGUUGGUGUUGCUGGAAACCUUUUGACAAAGAUAAUGCUAAUUCAUUACUCGGCUUUCUUGAUUCCUCUUUUCUCAUCUCAUAUGCUCUAUUUAUGUUUAUAAGUGGUUUCAUUGCAGAACGUUGUCACCUUAGGUAUUUCCUUGCCUUGGGCAUGGUUUUCAGUGGUAUAUUUACUUACCUACUUGGACUGGCAUAUUAUUUUGACAUUCAUAAUAUCUACUAUUUUAUUUUGAUACAAAUACUUGCUGGUGCUUGUCAAACCACUGGAUGGCCAGCGGUUGUCGCAGCGAUGGGUCAUUGGUUCCCAAAAUCAUCUAGAGGACUUAUUUUUGGUAUCUGGAAUUCUCAUACAAAUGUUGGUAACAUUUUAGGUGCUGUGAUUGCUGGUGCCUUUGUCGAAUAUAAUUGGGGAUUAUCUUUUAUUGUUCCUGGUUUAAUUAUCGCCUGUGUUGGUUUUUUACAUUUUCUUUUCUUAGUACCAUAUCCUGAAGAAAUUGGAUUAACCACAGCUGACAUAGAAAUUGAAAGUGGAAACAGACCAACAUCCAUUGAGGACAACAAUCAAAGAGGAUCUGUUAGCAAUCAAGACCAAACUAAUUCUCAUCGACGUAAAACAAAGCGGCCAAUUUCAAACUCUGAUAUUGAUGAAGAAGUUCCCUUAAUUGGUGAGGUAGAAAUUAAUGACAAUAGAGCUGUGUCUUUCCUCUCUGCUCUUAAAAUUCCCGGUGUUAUUGAAUUUUCUCUGAGUUUAUUUUUCUGUAAAUUGGUGAGUUACACUUUCCUCUAUUGGCUACCAAAGUAUCUUGACGAUUCAACUGGAAUAUCAGCCAUGGAAUCAGCGUAUUCAUCAACACCCUUUGAUAUUGGAGGAGCUAUUGGUGCGAUUGGAGCUGGAAUAAUCGCCGAUAGAACUGGUGCCCCAGGGCUUACCUGUAUUUUCAUGUUAUUUUUAACAUUACCCGGGUUAAUUGCCUAUGAAUUAUUAGGAACAUUUAACAAGUGGAGUAAUCUAAUUUUCCAAGCAAUUCUUGGUCUUUUUGUCAAUGGACCUUACGCUUUAAUUACAACCGCAGUCGCAGCCGAUUUAGGAAACAAAGUGACCACUUCAAAAGCAUUGGCCACAGUAACUGCUAUAAUUGACGGAACGGGUUCUAUUGGAGCAGCCGUUGGUCCAUUUAUAGCUGGAAUCGUUUCUCAAAAUGGUUGGAAUAAUGUUUUCUAUAUGGUUAUGAUCUCAGAUUUAAUUUCUUUAUGUUUCCUCGCUCGAAUCGGUGCUGCUGAAUGGAGGAAAAUCCGAAACACGCCUUAAACACUAGCCCAAAUAUCGCACCAACAUUUCAGAUCAACAUUUAAAAGACUUUUAUUUUACAAUUGAAUAUCCAAACACAGUAUAUACACAUUUAUAUAUAUUAUAAAUAAUUUUUUUCUUUGUACAAUCAAUUCAUCAAGAAACAAUCAGGAAAUCAAUCUUCAUGAUUUAUCUCAGUGUUUAACUACACAAUUGGGCCUUAAACUCUGUCGUCCUCUCCUUCACAGAGAUACACAUAGUCGUCGUUAAGUUGAAUUAACUAUAACUUCGUAACAAUAUUUUUCUUAUAAACAAAAUCAUCACAUUAAUGUUAAUCAAACUCCUCAUCCAACUCUGAUCAUAUUCAUCUUAAUAUCAUCACUAUGUUUUUUUUGACUCAAAGUCAAUUCAAAAUCGUAUUUAUUUUGAAUGGUAAUUUUUUUAUACUAACAUUUGUUUGUCAUUUUGUGUAUAACAAAAAUUGAUUAGUUAAUUUGGUUAAAAAAAAGAAUAAAAAAUUAAAUACUAAUUUUGUCAA